AUUGUGAGUCAGUUGGAAGAGUGUGUUAGCUGAGCCAGUCUAUCCAUCCAUCUAUUUGUCUGUCCGUCUGUCUGUCUGCUAUCUACUUAUCUAUUUAUCUAUUUAUCUGUCUAUCCAGCUAAAAGAAAAACAAGAUAUAAUGGACUCUAAAAGUGAGGACGGAGACUAUCAAGGUCUUGAACUUGCCUCCCAUCCUGAUGCAGCUCAGUACAUAGUGACCUACCCUCAUUGGAAAAACAUCACAGAUGAGAAUUAUGAUAAGAACGAGGAAUUCAACAAAAAGAGGUAUUCAGCGAGUCGCUCUAGCAACCCCGGCAGAGUGAAGCGGGUGGUGUCCUGUAAGAGGAAGACCCAUCACCAGACGGUGGCUUGGAGGAAGCCUCUCGGGCCUGGGAGGACCUUCGAUGCUGCAAACAACGAGAACGAGAUGAGCUCUCUACAGGACGUGCACCAGGAAAUAUUUGACAUGGACCCGCUGGAGUUCCCACUGAAUGUCAGUCAUAACCACAGGACUGGUAGAACUGGUUCUGAGCAGGCAGACUGCUCUGCACUUUCUGAGCUCGCAAAGGAUCACAGCGCGAUGAUUGACGUGCUCUUUGGAAGAAAUCUGAGACUGAAAGUAGCUUUCACAUUGUGGCAUAGAAAUGUUGGAGAGCUAUUGACAUUCUUCCUGAGAAUCCAAGACAUUGGAGUGUUUGUCGAUUUUCUCCCACUGAUAAGCAGAAGCAGCAUUGACCAGGACUCUCUGAGGAUUACCAUUGGCUUUUGUGUUGACCUAUUUCCUUUAGUUAAGGAAGUCCUCACCAAGCCGUAUGAAGAGUAUCUUAUAGUUGGUUUGAACUGGAUACAUUCAGUUUUGAAAAAAUGGUGGCAGCAACUAAGAGCAAGCGGCUACAGUGGAUCAUCUGAAGCUGUGUUAGAGAAGAAUUUUCAGGUCUUUAAUCAGCUGUUGGUGGAGUUAUGGCUUGAUGAACCUUCAUUGGAAUUUGCUCCAGGAGCUGCAGGAGAAAAGGCAAAGGUCAUCGAUUCUUACCUGUCUCAACUUACCUGACAGCAAUAAAGAGCCAUAUAGCAGAGGUUUCUAUGGUAACAGUGACCUGAAAUAUUCUGAAAUGAAAACCUAACUGAAAAGAGUUGCUCCUGGAUUGUGCCCUUGGAUUUUACUGUACCGUGUCUGUAGAAGUUGGUGUAUUUAUUAGUUUACAAAAGAACAGUUUAAAUACUGAGGAUGUGCAAUAUACAUUUUUGGUAUGAAAUGAUCCUAUUCUGAAGUUCUGUCACAGAAAUGUGGUUGUUCGAUGACCCUAAGAAUAAAAAAUUUGUGUCAUUGAUA